AUGACAAGGGGAAUCAUUACCGUUCUGCCAUAUUCGAUUGACCAACGCAGUAAUAUUCUCAGCUUGUUAAAGAAUCCGCCACCAGCUGCGGUCAAUCCCAAGCUAGCACUUACUGUCCCUACCUUGUCAAGUUUGGAUACCAGUAGUCUUAUUAACCUUAAUACAACUAGAAUUCAUGCUCAAGAUGCACACAGAUCAGGAGCAUCCCUCAAUGCUACUAACACUGAUGUAGCAUCAUCUACUAUAGACCAAACAUCCCUUAGUGAAGAAAAACUUGCACACUACGUACCAAUCUCCAGCUUGCAACUAGCAUCUCUCAAGGACCAACUCAACACCAUCAUAAUUAAGAACAUCGCCAACCUUCCCUCAAGUUCCCUUUCCAAAAGGCUUUCUGCCAUUGAAAGAGUUCUCAAUAUGUGCAUGAGAAUAAAACUGGUUGAAUACACUUGGUCAAUUAUCAACCACGAAUAUUUGCUCGAUUUGAAUUUGGUGUAUGUACGGUUUGCCCAUACCCGUGAUGUAUCUUGGUUUCUUACUAGUUUCGAUGUUUCAGCAUUGUUUGGUGGAGAAGUUAUAACUAAUGAACAGUUUGUUCUAGAUGAGAGCGCAGCAAAGAGUGAAGUUCCGGAUCUGAUAAAGACUGAGUUUCAAUUACAAACUAACAACACCACCAAGAAAUCGGGUGCUGUUGACGAGAGUCAGGAGAUUUUAAAUUACUACAAGUCGCAAUAUAAAGUCGACAAGUCUGAAUUGGUAGAUAUCCCAAACUCCAUGAAAGAAGCCACCAUAUUGAAUAUUUUGAAAUUUAGAAGUCGAGUAUUAAUCAUGGAGAAAGAAAACAGGAAACGAGAGUUGGAAAAGGAACGAGUGAAAACCAGAGAAAAAUUAAAGAGUUUAUUUGAAGAAAAGCAGAUAGAUACGACAGCUAUUGCUAAUGAAGAACACAAGAAGGAAGCUGUUGAUCGUGACGAGUUUGAAGAUAUGGAUGAAGAUGAGUACAAGGAGUAUCUAGAAUUUAAAGCAGAUGAACAACUAACCAAGCAAUACCAAGAUGCAAUAGCCAAAAUCUCCAUAAAAGAAUCUCAAAGAUCUCAAUUACUUUCCCAAUUGGAACAACUAACCAAUUAUGAAGAUAAUUUAAUCGAUAAUAAAUUAAAACAUAUUGAUGAUAUCAAGAAUCAAGAUAAUCAUCUUGUCAACUUGUACAAUUCCAAUUACAGUCAUUACCUUAAGCUUCGAAGUCACAAGCGAACAUUGGAGCAAGCCAAUGAUGACAAUGAUCGAGAUGAAGAACUUGAAGAAUUAAAGAGACAAAAGCCACCACAAGAAGAAGCAGUUGUUGAGCCGCCACUGGUUGAACAAGAAGGUGGCAUUCAAGUCAAUGUUUCCCAACUUCAACCCAAGGUCAUUGAGUUGGUCAAGGAAUACCUUGGAAUCAAUGAUGAUUUCUUAAUUGAAGUAAUCAAUGAACAUUUAUCAACUCAUGGUCUUAGCAACAAGACCAACUUGGUUGAAGAAUUGACUCAAGUACUAGACGAGGAUGCUAUUAGUUUAGUCGAUGAUUUAUGGGAGUAUGUGAAAACUACAAAUCAAAAGGAUUAA